AUGGCGUGCUCUACCUUGUGCGCGGUCUGCUCAACAUGAUCCAGGAUUACACCUGGGAGGAGAACAGCGAUGCCAAGGUGCGGGUCUACGUCAGCGCUCUGCCCCUGCUGGCCGCCAUGAGCCAGGAAACCUACCUCUACUCCAUCCCUAAAGUGGACUCCAAUGAGACUCUUUAUGGAGGAGACCCCAAGUUCCUAUUGGAGAUCAACAAGCUGAGCGAGACUCUGAUUGGACAGGUGCUUGACCAUCUGAAGGCACUCGGCCGGGACGAGCAGAGCACGCGGCGCCAGGGCGCUCUGGCCUUCUCCCUGUUCGCCGUACUGCUGGCUCACGGCGACCUGAGGAACAACAAGCUGAGCCAGCUGGCCGUCAACCUGUGGAACCUCAGCCACAAACACGGAUACUGUGAGACCCGCGUCUCGGUUCGGACCCUGGAGUCCAUCAAACAGCAGGCUCAGCAGGCGGACAUGAGCCACCUGUCGGACACAGUCCAGCGGCUGGUGCUGCAGUCCCGCACCUGAUCUUCAACGACCGUAGGAAAAGGUUUCUGCGCCAAGGUUUGUGUCAAUAAAAGAUAACAAGAAGGACAAGGAAGAAGAAAAAUGCCUGAAUGUGUUUGGUGUGAGGAUACUUUGUGAACAUUUCAAGGGUUGGGAAUAUUUUAAUUUUAGAUUUCAACACUAAAUAUUUACAAUCAGUUUGAACCAAUAUAAAAAAAGAGAGCUCUUCUUGUGCCAAAAUGUCUUGUUCUUUGCAAUUUAAAUAAAAAACAAAAAAACUGUGCACUAAACUAAGUUUAGUUCAUUGCUGCUAUAUUCAGUGUCAACAUGUGGGGGUCCAUUACAUAAAGUAAGCUACAAUACCCCUAAAUGAAUGAUCAGAUGAUUCAAAGUUUGCAAAGCAAGACAGAUUAUAUUUCUCUGCAUGUUUUCUGGCCUUCCGUCUUAAGUCAAAUGAGGGUGACAGCGAGCCAAUGAGCAUCAGAUCUUAAGCAAACGUUUAGCCUAAUUCUUCUCGUCAAAAUGAAAUGGCUUCAAACUCUGAAAACAAGUGUUGAUGUAAUUUUCAAAGAAAACUAUGAACUUACGCCACAACUGUUCUUAGUAUCGCAACAUUAUCUGGCAUCACACAGUUUCUGUUGUGUAAUAUCGGUUUAAUAAUGUUUAGCAUGUUGUCCUCAUGCAUUGUAGAAAUAAACAUUCAUCCUGCUUUGUAUUUAAAUACCAAUCAAGUAUGAAUCUAUUUGUAACCUGUUGUUUAAAGUGCAAAAUGUACCAAUGUUUUGCUUAUUAAAUAUCUUAACUGUGUAUUUUUUAAUCCUACGUUAAAGUACCACAUGCAGCAACUUUAAUUCUCAAUGCAAUAAAAAGUUGACAGGACAAUAUUUAAGACAUUCUCAAACUCUUCUCAGCUGUAGUUUAUUUACUCAUGUAGUGAAUCAUGAAAACAGCAAACACUCCCCUUUUAGUCCUGAAAGGCUCAAAUAGAAUCAA